AUGCUGCCUGAAACCGAGGUGAUUUGUUUCAUUUUCUUUACACCUAGAAGUCUGGAUUUGAAGAACUGUCGAAAAAUUUUCAUGCUGAGGCCGGCUUUAAGAGCGACAGGGAGGAUGCAAUGAAGCCAUCCGACCUCCUCUCCUCGAAGGUAGGAGCGAAUACUACUUGUGGUCCCUGACAGAAGGUCUAGUCAUCAAAUAGAGCGAUAGAAACAAGCAACCAGGAUGCGAACUUACAGUUAAACGCGUUUGAAACAUCAAGUUUACUCUCAAAUGAACCCGCUCCAUCUAAAUCGACACAUAUCAGUCCAUUGACGUCUGCUUCCCAGCUGGAGGUGGUGAGGGAUGCAGUUCAGUUAGAUAAAGAACAAGGAGGAAAUCGAAGUUUAAAAAUGACCACUCUUCGCGAUUUUGGUAUAGCUGAGAGUACCCUCGGUAAGCCUGCAUUAGGCGGCCAUUUUAAACUUCGGUAACACCAGACAGCCUCCUAGGAAACAAAACCAUGGGAUCUGGAGACGCAGCCGCCCUCUUUAACAUGACACCCCGAGAAAUUGGUUUGAACUUUUUUUUGAAAAACUUGCAUAACUUUUGCAUAAAUUAGUCGAAGAGGAGAAAAAAGCUCUUAAAAAAGUUUUGACUAAUAGAAAAAACGAAGUCUGUGGUGCCAAGGACGAGGCCGUAAUUGGAACGGAUUGCAUUUCAUCCAACAAUGCAAAUGCUGAAGCGUGUGACCUAGCGGCCUUCCUUCCCUCGACGCAGGGGCCCUCCAACUGUCAAAGGUGUGCUUACCGACUUAUUUACAGAUUUUUCCUGGUUGUCCUUUUCUAGGUCAGAGGAAACCGACAGCAAUUCUGACACAAGUGAAGUGGAUACAGCCACCCACUGGCUUUCCAGAUAUCGUUUUUUGAGAGCGAUAAACAAAGACGGGUACUUUCGCUAGUUAUGCCUUUAUUGUUCUUGAAAGCCCUUCGUCUUCGCCCCAUGAACUAAACAUGCUGGACUCGUGCACUGAACCCCCCAACUCGUUUGAGUGUUUGGGUCAGCGACGUGACUUUGCUUCGGCCGAAUAUAAGUCCCUGUUGAAAGCCAUCGACAAAAUGUACGACGUGGAACUCCAAACAACUACCGAAAAGUACCCCUGGGUUUGCUCCUGA